AUGCCCUCCAGAGUCGAGCCCACCCCCACCCUCUCCUACGACAUCACCGUCCACCCCCUCCUCGCCAAUGACGGCCUGCUCGAACCCCAAGACCUCGCCCCCCUCCGCCCCACCCCCCUCGACACCUCCACCGACGAGAUGCGUCACCGCUUCACCACCGACGGCUACCUCUGGAUCAAGGGCCUCCUCCCGCGCGCCGACGUGCUCACCAUGCGCGAAAAGUACUUCACCUUCCUCUCCCCCACCGGGCUCCUCAAGCCCAACACCCCCGCCGUCGACGGCAUCUUCGACGCCGCAAAGACACCCGACAUGUUCCCCGGCAUCGGCGCCGCAACCGUCAAGAACACCUACCCCAACCCGCUCGCCAAGGAGUUUGUUGAGCGCGCCCUGCAGGCCCACACUGAGCCUUGGUACGCCGACGACUUCUGCCAGCACCCAAAGCUGAGGGAGUUUGUGGCGGGGAUGAGCGGGUGGGGGGAGCACACGGUUGUGCUGCGGAGGACGCUGCUGAGGAAUAAUAUCCCCGGAACGACGGCGAUUGGGGUGCAUUACGACCAGAUCUUCCUGCGGCAUGGGGAGCCGACGGCGAUCACGGCGUGGGUGCCGAUCGGGGAUAUACGCGUGAAGGGCGGGGGGCUUAUUUAUCUUGAAGGGAGCCAUGAGCUUGGGAGGGAAUUGGAGGCAACGUUCAAGAGAGAGGCGGACGAGGCGGGGAUGAGUGAGGAGGAGCGGAAGUAUGCGUUUAAUCGCAACAUGAUGGAUAGUGGGCUGCUGACGGAUGGAGCAAAGGGAUUUGCGAGGGCGUGUGGGAAGAGGUGGCUGGUUGCGGAUUAUGAGGCCGGUGAUGUAGUGUUCCAUAACCCGUUCAUGAUUCAUGCGGGCACAGUCAAUGAGGACCCUGAUAAUAUCAUUCGAUUGGCGACGGAUCUGAGAUAUGCGGAUUCCUCGAGGCCAUGGGACAGCAGAUGGAUGAAGCAUUACACAACCGACGAUGGACUGUAG